AUGGGCAUUGACGAGUUCUGCGAGGGCAUUCCUGAGCUGUUCGGGCAAGCAACCGCCUUCAGCAUGCUCAAAGCCAAGAAGAAGGCAGAGAAAGCCGAGAAGCAGCUCCGGCGGCUCAAGGACAAGUUGGGACGGGUCCUGAGAAUCUGUUCGUAUCCAUCCCUUGUCCCCAGCAGAACACUGCGUCAAAUUCUUGUAUCACUUGUCGCUGGAGUCCCGUUCCUCCGAAAAAACUCUGAGCACUGA